CUUUGAUCUUUGGCUAAAACACCCGUCUUGAUUUUCACUUGAAUCGCUUCCCUUUCACGAUCACCACUUCACAGCCAAUGCUACAGUUUCAAUAUUGGGUUUGAAUUCUAACUAAGUCCUUUUUUUUUUUGUUGGUUCUUACUCAUACUGGAAUGGCAGGAGCUCUGUUUCGUUGCCUGAGAAGGGCUUCUUUACUUGUCAAGCCAUCAUCAUCUCUCAAUCCCUUCACUUUCAGGCCAAUUUUUGAUUACGCAGAAUCAGUUUUCUCACAAUCAAGAGUCAUUAGUCAAUUAAAUCUACCAAACCCAUCAUUGGUACUUCGAAAUUUGAGCCAUGGUAAUGUAAACCUAGUGAUAUCAGAGGGGAAACCUAAGUUUGAAAUUCAUGAGGUUGAUCCUCCAAAGAAGGAGAAGUGGCAGACAAAGAAGAGGCUGAAAAUGCAGAGAAAGAGAGAGAAGCAGAAACGAAAAGAUGCUAAUAAGAGGGAUCCACGCAGACUCACUGUCAAGAGGAAGAAGAAGCAGAAAUUUGCAAAUGCAGAAGAAAGAAUUAAGUUCAAGCUUGAAAGGGCCAAAAUCAAGGAAGCCGCAUUGAUUGAAAGACUUAAGCGGUAUGAAGUUCCUAAAGUUCAGGGUCCUGAGGUCAAACCACAUGAUCUUACAGGUGAGGAACGAUUUUUUGUGAAAAAGAUGGGCCAGAAAAAAUCCAAUUAUGUACCAAUUGGCAGAAGAGGAGUAUUCGGGGGUGUCAUUCUUAAUAUGCAUAUGCAUUGGAAGAAACAUGAGACUGUAAAGGUAAUCUGCAAGCAUUGCAAACCUGGCCAAUUACAUGAAUAUGCCCAGGAAAUUGCCAGAUUGAGUGGUGGUAUCCCCAUUCAUUUUAUUGGGGAUGACACUGUUAUAUUUUAUCGAGGGAAGAAUUAUGUGCAGCCAAAAGUCAUGUCACCAAUAGAUACACUGUCAAAAAAAAGGGCAUUGGAAAAGUCGAAGUACGAGCAGUCACUCGAGUCUGUGAGGCGAUUCAUAGCUAUUGCAGAAAAGGAAUUAGAGCUCUACUACAGGCACAUUGCACUUUAUGGUGAUCCAAAUAAUAGGAAUCCCCUUUCCAUCUUGAACACUUCAAGUAAUGACUUCAAGGAAUCUGGGAAACCCAAGAACAAAAACAGUAAUUUGUCUUUCUAUGGAACUUCUCCAGGUGUUUCAGAGACAGAAGUCGAUUCUACCGACGGAGACCUAUCAGAAAUUGAAGAUGAUUUCGAAGAUGAAGACUUAUCUGCAAGUGAAUCAGAUUCUGUAGGUAGAAUAACUGGUUGGAAUGAUAAGAAUAAAAUUGACAAUGAAAAUCAAGAUUAUCUUAGGAAAAUGUAUUCUAAACAUGAUUAUUUAUCUAAUUAAUGAAAUCUUUUUCCCCUUUUGCUGCCACUAAA